AAGCCAGGGAGAAGCACGGGUGCGGAGGUCCCCAGGACUCACAGCGCUUCUGCGCCUGGGCUGAGCCCUUGACUCACCUUCCACAGCGCCCUGACCUCUGGCCUGGAAACUGGCACGGUUGGAUCUGUGUCCCUGGUCACGGGGCAGGUGACAAAUAGCACAGGAUUAGCAAACCCAUCCCGAAACUCUGGGUUCAAGGGCAGGGAAAGUAACCAGUUUAAUUCGGCAAGUCCUUAGGAAAGGGAACGGGACGGGGGGUCGGGGGGGGUGGUGGUUCUACCGCACAGGAGGGCUGUGAGCAUCCGUGUGGGUGCGCAAGGGACACAGCUGACCCGCCCGGUCGGCAGAGGGCCCGCUUCAUUCUGGGGCGAGGCCCCCCUGUCCCCGUCUCAGGUCCUUGUGGACCGCGCGCAUCUGUGACCCGGCGGCUCCAUAAACUGUUUGUUGGGGAGGCGCCGGCAGGGACUUGCUCCAGUGACCCCGGCCGAGGGCUCUGGAGCGGCAGGAGGGCCACCGGGCCAAGGGUGGAUGCGUCCCAGACCGCGCGGCGGCCGACGUGCGGCAGCGGGGGCGCGGGGCCCACGUCCGGAGAGGGGCGCAGGCGCUUCCCCUUCUCACCCGCCCCCAAUUCUGGGCCCUCGGCUCAAGGGACCCGGCUCCCUGCCCGCCGCCCGGUUCUCGGCCGGCCAGCGCGUAGUCCCCGCGGCCGGAGCGCAAUCCCCCGGCCGCCCCCGGGGCCCCGUCCCCCGAGGUCUCGCGCGCACCAGCCCGCCCUGCGCCCCGAGGCCGACCCUGCCCUGCACUCCCCGAGGGGCCAGCCCCCCUGCGGCGGCAGCUCCCCCGGGCCGCCCCGCCCGGCCGCCGCCCUCGCGGCACCGCCCCUUCUGUCAAUACGGGCGGAGCCGCGCCCGGGCCCCGCCGCGCAGGUGGGAGCGUGCGGUGAGGGCCGGCGCCGCGGAGGCCGCGCGGAGGUGGAGGCGGAGGCCGCGCCCAGGCCGGGCCGGGGCCGGGCUGCCCGCCGAGCCGACCCCGAGGCCGCAGCGGCUCCCGGACACGGCGGGCGCAGCGCGCGCAGGGCGAGCGCAGAGCUGUCGAAGCCUUUGGAGGGCAGGAAACGCAUCUCAUCCCGCCGUGAGGAGGCGCCUCUCCUGGCCAUGUCUCCCACAGCCGCUGCUGAGCCAGACCGGGUCCAGCGAGACAGGUGAUGCUGUGAUCAUAUUCCCGCCCCCUCCGCCACCGUACUUUCCUCAGUCAGCUUCUGCAGGAACGCCAAGUCCAGGGGCUGACGGUUCGCUUCCCCGUGAAAACCCACCUUCGUACUACAGUAUUUUUCACCGCGGCAGGACCCCGGCUCCCCAGGGCCAAGGUGCGGCCUCGGAGGGAGAUUGUGAACCUGUCUAUGCUAUUUCUGGGACCACCCUAUCCUCUGAGAUCCCACACGCUCCACAUCUCUCAUCUGAAUCGCCGCCCAGAUACGAAGAGAAAGAAACUGCUACAGCUGCAUCCUUGUUUCCAUCUUCUGAGCCUUCCCCGCCGUGACCUGCGGGCCCCAGCUCAAUUUUAUAUAGAAUUGUUCACUUUUUUAUUUAACUUGUUUUCUAAUAAAAAUUGCAAUAGCA